GAGUUACAUGGUCCUGAUUGGACGAGCGGACAAAGAGGUUAUUUAUAAGUACGCGUGUCUCGGUCCAAAAUUCACUCAACGCCCAGACAUCGAUCAUAAACAACGGCAACUUAACCUGUUCUUCAAAUUCCGGUGUCGUUGUUUGGAGGACGGGUGACGCUGGGCAAAUAUAUUGUUGUAGUCUCUGGUCUCGCCACACUUUUAAGCUGGGAGGGACUGAUCGAGAGGUGGACCACGUCAUUAGAGGUACUCUCGUUAAAACUCGUGGAAGCAGGACUGUACAAACGUUCUGUGUCGUUGAAACUGGAAACUGAAAGAUGGAGAAAAAGUCUCAAUCCAGUUUGUUGACGGUUGCUAUGGCAAUUUUCGUGCGACUUCUCCUCAUUUUCCACAACUUACUGGCCACGUGGCGAGUGACCCUAGCCUGGAACAACCCUCAGUUCUGGCUAAUGUCUCUGGGAGUGGUGCUAGUUGCCCUAGAAGGAUACAUCACCAUCCGAGUCAACAAGGGUAUCGAGUGGAAGCGGUUGUGUCCAUGUUUUGCCAUCUACCUAGUCAUAACGUUACCUUCCAUAUGGCUGCUGGAGAUCUCACAGAUGAACAAAUACAUGGAGAGUCAGGCAGGGGCCGCUACUGCUGCCAAUGUCACAAUGGCCCCUACCACUGUCCAGACAGUGACCAGUGGUGUGACCAGAACAAUGACCACAGCUUUGGCCGCUAUUUCCAGUACACAUGGCAGUAAUGUGAGCGCUACUAUGGCAACUACGGCUUCCAACAUCUCGGACAUUGUGAACGCUACCAUAGCUACGGCACCUUCCAAUGCCAGUGAGAUGUUAACCAACAACACGACAGAUCUGCCUACAAUCCGUUUUACAAAUACAACGUCUGCAGGAAUCAUAGCCAACAUCGAGAUCUUACUAGACAGUUUCAACGCCGACACAUGGCUGGUGGUCGUGGAGGAGUCAUUGGUAUACCUGAUUGUGAUUGGUCGCUGGCUCUUACCCAGGGGCAGGGUAACCCGGGAGGAACUUUCGGAUCUCCUCUUCGAUUACUUAGCAAUGGCAUCAGACAUCAUGGAGUUAUUAGCGUUAUUCGACGAGGAUUCAAUCCGGGGAAACCCGACGAUAACAUACGCUAUCUUGGCAAUUUGGUCCUUGAGCUUUAUCCAGUUUAUACCAGUUGUGAUGAACAGGCGAGCGGUCAACUCGUUCACACAACACACACAAGAUAAGAAAGACAAAAGCAAUUGGUAUGUUCGUGCCGGGUGUGGGAACUCGUUCCCAGAUAUUUUCGUCACUAUAGCCGGGCUGUUUUUACAAGACGGACCAUUUUUGGGCCUCCGGCUUUUUAUAAUCUUUUAUCUACAAUUGCUAACAUACAGUCUAGUGUUUUUCGUGCUCAAGAACACAAUAGUCGUACUUCUGCUGACUUACCGUCUGGGUAUUCUGUGUUUCAAUUUGCCAUGUUUCUCAAGGCGAGAUGCUUCAAAGGAAUGUAUGGAGGAGCUAGACAUGGACGAUCCGCUUGAUUUCGGUGAAGAAAUUCUGAAGAAGAAUGACUUAAAAACAAGUGACAACGGUAUCACCAACAACGGCUUCCAGGACCAAUCGGCGUUCGGGGAGAGUGAUCACCAUGAUCAUAACAAAAUGAAGAAUUGUCAGCCUCAAAAUGGACACAUGCACGGCGAUAGCAUUGGAGAAAACCCCGUUAGUGGGAAUCCGGUUAAUGGUGUUGGCUUAUCCGUAGUUUAAGCAAUAGUGGAUAUCCAGUUCCGGGUCGCGAUUUCAGCAGAAGUGACCCAAGACCCAAUGGUCGCAGCAGCUCUAACUCCAGACUUACGGUGAAAAUACACCGAGACCAGACAGCACUGCUACUCUAAUAGAUUGGUCUAUUAAAUGAUACACUAAUGGUUUUUAAAAUCGGAUUUUAAAUUAUGGUGCACACAAAAAUAUCAUAAAAGCAUCCAAUUUCAAUGCAUGGUUUAAGAACAAACCUUAAUUCAACCAUCCUUGGUGUUUAAAGAAAUCCUUCCAGAUAACCAUUCUUGAUAUUUUGAGAACACCCCUCCAGUCAACCAUCCAUUAAACACUUUAUUUUACUCAACCAUCAAUGAAAUUUUGAGGCACACAUUCUGUAAACAAACCUUGAUGUUUUGAGAACACUCCUACAGUCGACCAUUACUGAAGACUAUAUAGAUGUUGCGAUCUCCAAGCAGAAAAACAGAGACAGAAAAAUAUGUUCCAAUAGACUGUAAACUAUAUUGCAGAGUUAUCUGCUCUUGUGAGCAGGUAUUAAUUGUUACGUCAUUGGUUUGUGUGAGAAAAUUACGUC